ACCACCACCAAAUCAGACACACUCCCUCUCUCUCUCUCUCUCUCUCUCCUCUUCCCAAAUCCCUAGCCGAAAUAAUCCAACAUGCCUCCGCCUCACCGUCGUUCGAUCGACCCCAAAAUCUGGCGCGCCUGCGCCGGAAACUCCGUCCAAAUCCCCACCCUCAACUCUAGGGUUUACUACUUCCCUCAGGGCCACCUCGAGCAAUCCUCCCCCUCCUCCGCUGCGCCUAUCCUCCUCUCCCCUCUCCUCCUCUCCAAGCCUCUCAUUCUCUGCCGGAUCUCCGACCUCCACUUCCUCCCUGACCCCACCACCGACGAGGUCUUCGCCAAGCUGCUUCUCGUCCCAAUCCCAAAUGAGUUCCCCAACGUCAAGCCGCCCAAUGGCGACGAACUCAACGCCGACGAUAAUGGGGGCUUGGAACGACAGGAUGACAGAGUCUUUUCGUUCGCGAAGAUACUGACGCCUUCGGAUGCUCACAAUGGCGGUGGAUUCUCUGUUCCGAAGUUCUGCGCGGACUCCAUCUUUCCUCCGCUUAACUACCAGGCCGAGCCGCCGGUCCAGGCGCUCUUCCUCACCGACCUCCACGGCGUCGUUUGGGAAUUCCGGCACAUAUACAGGGGUACUCCGAGACGGCACUUGCUCACCACUGGCUGGAGCAAGUUCGUCAACCACAAGAUGCUCGUCGCCGGUGACUCCGUCGUCUUCAUGAGGAACGGGAGGGGAGAGAUGUUCAUCGGCGUCCGUCGCGCAGUCAGGCCCAGCGCCAGCUCUGACUGCGCCAGGUGGAACUAUCACAUUGGAGGCGGACCGACGAACUCGAUGAGGCUGAAGACAGAGGAUCAGGACUGUUCUGGAAGGAAGGUAAUGUCCGCGGAGGCCGUGGCCGAAGUGGCGGAGAUGGCGGCGGAGGGGAAGCCGUUUGAGGUGGUGUAUUAUCCAAAAGCGGGGUGGUGGGACUUUGUGGUGAAGUCUGAGGUGGUGGAGAAGGCAUUGAAGGUGUUUUGGACGGCUGGGAUGAGAGUGAAGUUGGCUAUGGAGACGGAGGACUCGUCCCGGAUGACUUGGUUUCAGGGCACUCUGUCGACGGCUUCGGUACCGGACAAUGGACCUUGGCAGGGCUCACCCUGGCGCAUGCUUCAGGUUACAUGGGACGAACCUGAAGCUCUGCACAAUGCUAAGAGGGUGAGCCCGUGGCAAGUCGAAUUUGUUGGAUCAACACCUACAAUUCAGACAACGUUUUGCCCCACAAAGAGAUUCAGAGCUCCUUUGAGUCAUGGGCUGUUGAUCAAUGCAGAGGAAGAAUUCUUCUUUCCUAUGGCAGGAGCAGCUAAUUCAGCAAUGGGGCCAUUUAGUGCAUCCUUGUUGAACUACAAUUUUCCCGCGGGCAUGCAGGGAGCCAGGCAAGAUACAUUCUCUGUAUCUAAUCUAUCCCACUUGUUAAGUGAAAACACUCCUCAGGCGUGCACUUACAAUUCCUUUGGCAACAAUGAGGUGCCAAAGCUGAAGAGGGUGUGUACUGAGUUGAACAUUGGUAGUUCACAGUCUGAUGAAUUGUCACCAGAUAGCCAGAGUAGUGUGCCAUCCUUUGGGAUGGAACUUGAUGGAAACCGGUUGCAGACAAAGGUUGGCACAAGUUCCUUUCAGCUGUUUGGUAAGAUCAUCCAUACAAACCAGUCUGCUGAAGGUGGUUCUGAUGAUGUUGGUUGCACCGAGGACAGUGGCAACAAAGAGUACAAUGUAGCAGAAGGAGGGCACAACCAACUGGAUCUUAAUUUUACCGAACUUCUUGAUAGGAUUGAUAUUAAAUGUCAAAAAACCUCAGCUGUUGAUUCUUGUAGUUUGUGAACUGUGCUGGUGGCUGCUGUGCCAUAAAUUGCUGUGCAGGUGCUCAAGGCCGGCAGGAAGCUGACUACUAGUCUGACCGUUGAAGUAGUGAAGUGUGUAGUGUGGGGGGUUUGUUUAGUAUGUGGUGUUGGACGGUUAAAACGUUCUGUGGACUUGGUUUUCCAUGUUCCAACCAGAUUGAUGUUAAUGCUUGAUUGUGACCUUUGAUUGCUUCAGAGUUGAGACAUUGCUGUUCAUUGUUUCUUUGAUGAGUUAAUUCUAUUUAUUAUUGUUAUGCAA